UAAUCUACCAUGAAGAUGACACAUCUUCUCUAUGACCGCCUUUGGGCCUGGAUUCUCCUUAUGAGCACACUAACUGGAAGAAGCUAUGGACAAACUUCCUUACAAGAUGAAAUUAAGGACAACACAACAAUAUUCACUCGAAUCCUGGACCGUUUACUCGAUGGUUACGAUAACCGCCUGAGACCAGGAUUAGGAGAGCGUGUAACUGAAGUGAAGACUGACAUCUUUGUCACCAGCUUUGGGCCCGUUUCAGACCAUGAUAUGGAAUACACAAUAGAUGUAUUUUUCCGGCAAAGCUGGAAGGAUGAAAGACUGAAGUUCAAAGGACCCAUGCAGGUCCUCCGACUUAAUAAUUUAAUGGCCAGCAAAAUAUGGACACCUGAUACAUUUUUCCAUAAUGGGAAGAAAUCAGUAGCUCACAACAUGACGAUGCCUAACAAACUCUUGCGGAUUACAGAAGAUGGGACACUGCUCUAUACAAUGAGACUCACAGUGAGAGCAGAAUGUCCAAUGCAUUUAGAAGACUUUCCCAUGGAUGCACAUGCUUGCCCAUUGAAAUUUGGAAGCUAUGCUUAUACAAAAUCAGAAGUAAUGUAUGAAUGGACACGGGAGCCUGCACAGUCUGUUGUAGUUGCUGAUGAUGGUUCUCGACUGAACCAAUAUGAUCUCAUGGGUCAAACUGUAGACUCUGGAAUAGUGCAGUCCAGUACAGGAGAAUAUGUUGUGAUGACGACACAGUUCCAUCUGAAAAGAAAGAUUGGUUACUUUGUCAUUCAGACAUACCUGCCAUGCAUUAUGACAGUGAUUCUGUCCCAGGUCUCUUUUUGGCUCAACAGAGAAUCUGUCCCAGCAAGAACUGUGUUUGGGGUGACAACUGUGCUAACGAUGACCACCUUGAGCAUCAGCGCUCGGAAUUCUCUCCCGAAGGUGGCCUAUGCCACUGCUAUGGAUUGGUUCAUAGCUGUGUGCUACGCAUUUGUUUUCUCAGCACUGAUUGAAUUUGCAACUGUGAACUACUUCACAAAGAGAGGUUAUGCAUGGGAUGGCAAGAGUGUUGUUCCUGAAAAGCCAAAGAAAGUAAAGGAUCCCCUUAUUAUGAAAAACAAUUCAUUCACAGCACCAGCGACAGCAACCAGCUUUACCCCUAGUAUCGCAAGGGACCCUGGACUAGCUACUAUUGCUAAAAGUGCGACUAUAGAGCCAAAAGAAGGUAAACCUGAAACAAAACCUCCAGAACCCAAGAAAACUUUUAACAGUGUCAGCAAAAUUGAUCGACUAUCAAGAAUAGCCUUUCCAUUGCUUUUUGGAAUUUUUAACUUAGUGUACUGGGCUACCUAUUUAAAUCGAGAGCCCAAACUUAAAGACCAAGCCUCUCCCCACUAA